AUGUCAACACCAUCAACCAGAAGAAGUGCACCUUCCUCUUCUUCCUCAUCUAAACAAGAAGAUGGUGAACCAGUUAAAAAGGUUGUAUAUGUAGAUGAUCCACCACAACCAUCUAGAUGGUUUACAAUAGAAUAUUUAAUAUAUGCCAUCGUUGUAGUUGUCGGCUAUUUUGCUGUCAUUCAGAUGAUGCUCAGACGUGGUCAAGAAUACAACAGUGGCUCAAAAACAAACUAUGGUAUUGUACCAGGUUGGUUCUUGGAUCGAAAGCAAGAUCUUUCUGACUUUCAGUACAGAGUAUGGAGAGAAAACUUUCCUCUCUUGUCAAUCGGUUUGGCUAUAUUUGUAUUAAUUAGUAAUCUUGUAAAGUCUCUUUAUCCUAAUGUAGUAUCAAAACGUAUUUUAUUCUAUAACUUGGUAUCGAUUGGAUUCUUAAUAUUUGUACAUGGUGCAUGUUCAAUCAUUGUUAUUCUUAUUGCAGUGGCCAACUUUUCGAUUAGUCGUAUCCUAGACAAAUCAAAAUGGACGAUUGCCGUUACUUGGAUAUUUAAUAUCAUCAUUCUAUGGACCUCAUAUUUAUAUUCAGGUUAUAGUUUCCAAUCCUUGUAUGUUUUGGGUGAUUGGGGUCCAAUAUUAGAUAAUCAUUAUAGAGGAUUUUUAGGAUGGGAGACUUAUUAUAAAGUAUCAUUCCUUAGAUUCAUUAGUUAUAAUUGCGAUUAUUAUUGGAUGAGAUCAAAGAGACCAAUUCCAGAUCUCAAAGGAAAGAGUACAUACAUUGUCAUCACAGAGAAGCAUCAACCAACCGAACACUAUACAUUUUCACAUUUCUUUGCCUAUAUCUUUUACAUCCCAUUGUACAUUGCUGGACCAAUAUGCAGUUUCAACGCUUGGAUUGCACAAGUUUAUCAGCCACAAAAGACCUACACUUUGAAAUACAUUGUUGGACAGAGCAUCAAGAUUCUCAUCGUCUUUUUGGGAUUGGAGAUUUUCUUGCACUUUAGCUACUAUUACUCGUUUGACUCUAGCGAUGUUUGGAAGAGCUUUAGUGGUGAGGAAGUUGCAUUGACUGGUUACUUGGUACUCAACUUUAUGUAUGUCAAAUUUUUAAUCAUUUGGCGUGUAUUUAGAUUGUUUGCUCUUUACGAUGGUAUAGACACACCAGAGAAUAUGAACCGUUGUGUCAAUAACAACUACACAUUUACAGGUUUUUGGAGAAGUUGGCAUGGAUCUUUCAACAAGUGGACAAUGAGAUAUCUCUAUAUCCCACUUGGUGGCAACAAGACAAAGCAUCUAAGUAUUUGGUUGAUAUUCUUCUUUAUUGGAUUGUGGCACGAUUUAUGGUGGUCGUGGGUUGCUUGGGCACUCCUCAAUUGCGUCUUCUUUACCAUCGAAAUCGGUAUUAUGUUUUAUUUCUACCAUCCAGCUCGUCUCCCACUUCGUAAAAAGUGGUAUUGGAGAUACAUCGUUGCUCUCUCUGGUACCGCCAACGUUUUCUUGUUAAUGGUGGCCAAUCUUGCCAUUCUUCACGGAUUUGAAAAUAGUAUUCUAUUUAUUAGAUUGGCUUUCUUUAAUGAGGGUGGUCUUCAAGCAUUCUUACUUUCCUAUAUAUGGUUGUUUGCUGGUAUCAUGUUUAUGAUGGAGAUUAGAGAACAAGAAAAAAGAUCAAAAGAAACAAAACCAUUCUAA